AUGGGAGGGUGGUCUGCUAAAGAGUCAUGGGGGUACUAUUUACGUUUCCGACCCAUUGUCAAUACUGGUACCGACUUCCAGGUCCGAGAUGACGUAUCGAGGCUGUACCGUGUUAAGCUGAGGUCAUGCAUCGCUACAACUUUCUCCAACCCAAACAUGAGCUUUCGUCGACACGCGUCCAAACCUCGACCUCUAGAUCGUCUUCCCUCCUCACCAACACACUAUGCCCCGCUCGUCAGCUCACCGCUCGUAACUCAUUGCACUCGAUCUUCUUCACCUGUUUCUUACGUUUCCUCGUCUUGCGAUCCACCAAUGGCUUCAAGUCCAGUGUCUGGCAAAGGAUACAUGCCUCUUUCCGAUCUAAUUGAACCUGAACCUGCUAGCGAUGACACUGAGAUGCAAUUGGAAGAUACCUUCGUACAAUCUAAUCUUUCUCAUCUUGGACAGCCUUCGAUCGGUAAUUUCCAUCCAUCAGCAUCUAGUAGCCCAGGUCCUAGUUGGCUCCCCACAUUGGCUGCUCCACGUACUUUUCCGAACAAUAUGAUUCACUCUGCUCAUUCGGGUCUCGACACCACCAAAUCGCAUCGAUCCGCCAGUUUCAAACAACCUAUCUUUCAUUCAUCACAUCGGUCUUCACCAUCUCAAACGAGUGAUCCUCCUUCGAGCUCACCUACGCCUGGCUCUAAGAGGGCCUUCAAAUCCCGCUUUUCUUCGCCUCAAGGAUCUUCAUCUCCAUCCCGAUUGAGGCAACAAGCGGCUAGUCGAAUAAGAGAGAAUCAACGCAAAGGCUUGCUCACGUCUCGCAGGAUCUUGUUAGAGGGUUUCCUUCCGGGAGGAACUGAUCAGAUGGCAGAUGGUGAUUGGACAGCUGAGGAAUUUGCAAUUCUAGAAGCUACAGAUCGCAAAGAGAAUUUCAAUGCUCGACGACGAUGGACACAUGGAUUGAAUGAAGAGCAGUUGAACCCCGAUGAAUUGAUCGCAGAAGAAGAAAUGAUGGGCGAACAAUACGACGAACUUCCUCCAGAUGAAGAUUCUGACCCAUCCCAAAUCUACGCUGCCUAUCAAUCGGGCGAAAACGCCCUUAAUUGCGACGAUUACAAUCCCCAGCUUGGCCAACAACAAGCCUCGGAUGCUUGGCGUAGUCUGGGAGACAUUUUGACGACCUCGCCGGCUAUAUGCCCUGCAUGCCAUACUUCAGGUUUAGGACCCACUCAGUCCUCGCCACCCGACGUACAAUGUCGAUCGUGUGCCUGGAGCUUGAGCUCAGAAACUUUGUCCAUCAUUGAUCAAGAAUUUCUUAAUCAUGGGUUAGUAGAUAUGUUCCCUUCUUGA